AUGAGCCAGAACAACUCCACCGGCUCGACGCCGGGCGUCCCCCGCUCCCGCUCUGCAAGCGGUCGAGCGGGCUCGCGACGCGAUCCGGCCCGGGCCGUUGAACCCGCCACUCCCGCACCGCGCCCCCCCGCCCUCGGAGCGGGGGAGGCAUUAUACGACGCCGGGAUUCACCGAACCCUGUCGGAUCCGGGGUUGAGUCGCCCACGCCCUAGCGUGCGAGCGCCCCCCCGCGACUCCUGCCAUCCCGCGCCGCCUGCCGCCGCCCCUUUACAUCCGCCGCCGCCGCCACGAUCACCGCCGCCGCCGUCGCCACCGAGGUUACCGCGACACCACACCCAUCCGUCCUCCAGGACUCCAUUGAGUCCCAUUUCCUAG